AUGGCAGGGGGAUCCCAAAGGACUGACUACAGGGCGCGCCUCCUAAGCGCUCUGACGAGAGAACGAGACGGCGCAGACUCUUGCCUGACGAGAAAGGGGGUUGUUGAGGACGUCGUAGAGUCAGUUACGGCGUGGGUUCGGGACCCACAUGGCCCGUCGAAGCUAGUGAUGCCUCUUCGACGCAGAGACAGUGAGAAGAACCUUUUGUUUAACAAGCUGGAAGGACGGGACAAGACCGCGGUUCAUGUCUUGGGGCAAGCUUUGGCCAAGUCACGCCAUUCCACUGAACUCAAGAUCUAUCUGGGGAGGCUCGCAAAGUCAGAGGUCAGGGAAAGACAGAGGCCAAGACAGAGGCUGGGAGGCCGCCAGUCACCGCUUACUGGGGCGACAGAAAGUUUGAAGGUUACAUUGGAUCGGACGACUCGAAGGGAGCUGGUGCCUCUUGGGUGCCUCAAUCCUGACGCUCUUAGGUGGACUAAGAGGAGCAUUGACGAGUAUUACUUCGUCGACCGGUGGUACCAAUGCGUGUCCCUGAUUAUCCAGCAAACAGAAGGUAAGAAGAAUCAAGCACACAUGGUGAAAUCGCCAUCUGCUGACGACAGAAUCGCCGCUCCUGCCGUCAGACCGGCGUCGCCCCGCCUCCCGCCGCAGGCGAUCGUCACCGACGAUGCGCUCGCGCCCGCUGACGGGCUGCUGACGUCACUAACGCUGGGCAUUGAAGUUGAGGAUGUGGCUAGAUUGGAGGCGAGAAACAGGACGCUAGAGGCGGAGAAAGAGAACCUAACGGCGGAAAGCACGGAGCUAAGAACGGCAAGGGCGGAAGCGGAAGCGGAAAGAGAGGCGGAAAAGGAACGGUCUGAGGCGGAGAGAAUGGAGCUUGCUGCGAGGAUCGCGGAACUCGAGGUGGACAACAGAGAAUUAGCAGAGGCCGGGAAGAUCAAACUCGAGCGCCAGAAGGAUGAGGCGGAAGAAGUGUCCGCUGGUCUCAGGGCGGAAUUGGAGAAGCUGCGAGCGGAAUCAAAUGAGGCGAAGGAGGCGCUGCAACGGGAAAUUGACCAACAGACGGAAUUGUCAAAGGCUCACGAGUCGGCGCGGAAGGCGGCAGUCGAGAAACCCGAGCGGGAGGCCCGGGGCCUCUACGAGUCGCUGAGGAACAGGCUGGAAGGCGAGAUCGCGGAAGCCCACACGUCGGCCAACAAGGCCCACGUCGCGAUCGCGACACUGCAACGCACGAUAGCAGAGCAGCAGAGGACGAUUUUUCCACUGCGAAUGGCGAUUCUGAAACGCGCGAUUUCAGAGCAGCAGAGGACGAUUUCUUCGCUGCAAAAGGCGAUUCUGCAACGCACUAUUUCAGGGCCCCAGCAGAGGACGAGUUCUUCACUGCGAAAGGCGAUUCUCGCCACGGUCUCCCCCGCAAGGAACGAACGAAAGAGGGGCCCGGGUGCGGACUGGCUGGAAGGUGCAAACAAGAAGAGGAAAGCGAGAGGGAGUGAGGAACUAGAGGCGGCGGUGACGUUGCGGAAGCGUUUACCACCACGACGGUUUUCGAUGGCGUUCCGGAGCCAGCGGUUUUCCAGAGGGGUGAGGAACCCUUGGAGCUGCGGCAGGGGGUUCCGAAGGCCGCAAAAGCUGCCCCCGGCGCCGUGGAUGUGCGUGCGGGGAUACCCGAGCGAAGGAAGCGGGAGAGAUGAAACGGCGCCCGGCGAGCGCAAGAUCGGCUAG